AUGGCCGAGCCGCGCUCGGGGCCGGUCUCGUUAACACGAUAUCGGCCUAUCCUCUAUCUCUUCACAGGCGUUGCAGCUGCCUAUGCCCUCCUUUACAUUCAUAACAAUGUCGUUUCACCGCAUACAUCACAAUCCUCCCUUCGACGCCGAGGCGCCGUGCGCCGGUCAAGACGAUCUGAUGCUGAAGAAUCAGGGCUCGUGGACACUCCCUCGUACCGAGCCAUCACACAUUUGGAACAGCUGGAGCGUCAGAAUGGUGUAUACGGGACAUUCCGAAUUGAAACAGAAGACGGGCGACGGGUUGAAAGUGGACUUCUUCCGUCGCUGCUCGCAACGCGCGACCAGCUGAUGGAGGAGGUCGGUGUACCACCAGCUCACGCCGAGCGCAUGCGUGAAAUGAUGGAGGACACAUUCCUCGAAUCCUUUCUUGCUCUUGAAUUCCCAGCCGCGCACACCCUUCCCGACAAUAGCCCCGAGCGGACAUACUUGACGGAGCAGCUUCAACAGCGAGGUAUCUCCCGGGCAGGCAUCGAGCGAGCACUGAUCCGGUUCAACGGCGACGAGAACUACGGAACCGAACUUCGCCGGCGGCGACAAAAUGGCGAGCGGGUCACACUUUCGACUUCAACCUUCCCCGAUGUGUCUGCGCCGCCCCAGAAUAGCGAGGGUCCAGAGGCCGCGGGUGAUGACCAAAGCAUUUUCUCUUGGAGAGAAGGGAACAACGAUACAUCGCCUACUCGGGAAGGUCAGAAUUUGCUCAACUUGCUAUACCAUAUCGCGGAGGACCAAGCGAGGAGAGAUGGCUAUAUUCAUCGUGGAGUGACGUGCAACAGCUGCGGGGCCAUGCCCAUCCAGGGUAUUAGGUAUCGGUGUGCUAAUUGCAUCGACUACGAUCUGUGUGAAACAUGCGAGGCCAUGCAGGUGCACAUCAAGACCCAUUUGUUCUACAAAGUCCGGAUCCCUGCUCCAUUCCUGGGCAAUCCGCGUCAAUCUCAGCCAGUGUGGUAUCCUGGAAAGCCUGCAAUGCUCCCCCGCAGCCUUCCUCGACCCCUUGCGAAACGUUUGAUGAAAGAUACCAGCUUCGAAAACACCGAGCUUGACGCGCUUUGGGACCAGUUCCGCUGUCUCGCCAACUUUGAGUGGGCAGAUGAUCCCAACAAGCUUUACAUGGCCAUUGAUCGCAAAACAUUUGACCGGUGUUUCGUUCCAAACACAUCUAUUCGGCCGCCUCCUCCCAGUCUCAUCUACGAUCGCAUGUUUGCAUUUUAUGAUACCAACGGUGACAAUCUCAUCGGAUUCGAAGAGUUCCUCAAAGGACUGGCCAGUCUGAAUAACAAGAGCAAUGAUGAAAGGUUGCAGCGUGUGUUCCGUGGGUAUGAUAUUGACGGUGAUGGCUUCGUCGAGAGAAAGGAUUUCCUGCGGGUUUUUAGAGCUUACUACGCUCUCAGUCGUGAACUCACCCGUGAUAUGGUCGCUGGUAUGGAAGAUGAUUUUCUCGAAGGCGGAGCUCGGGAUGUUGUCCUCGGUAGUCAACCUAUUAGCUCUGCAUUCCCAGGUAAUAUCCCUCCGGGCGAUUCUUCGCGAAUAGGUGAAGGCAAGCGUGUCAAUCAGAAUGGUGAUAUGGAAGUUGUCGACAACGAGGGUAUUUUACGACAGAAUGCCGCCGACCUCGGUGACCGAUACCAGGUGAUAGGUGAAGCUACUGUACGAGAGCAGUUUGGUCGAACGAGGCCAUUAUUCCCGUCCACAAUUCGCCUCCCUGCGACUGCCCAGUCUGGAAACCGUCGGCCCAACCCCAGGGCAGAUGAGGAUGACGAAGAUAACGAUGAAGAUGAAGACCCUACUGAUUCCGAUGAAUCUGGUUCAUCUGUCACCAGUGGUCAUUGGCCCCCUCCGGAGCACAUCCAUGAGGAAGACAUAAUCGACGCGCUUGGAACGUAUGUGCCCCCUCAGGAAAUCAACGACCCCGUCGACAGAGCUCGUAUCGUGACAGCUGUAUAUAACAGAAUGCGUGAUGAUGAUCAACGACGAAUCGACGAAACUCGUCGGAACGGAAUUGACGAACGUUGGAGACGCCGUGCAUUUUACACCGACGAAGAAGACGGCGCCACUGCACCUGCUGGAUAUGAGCAUGAUCCGGCUUUCGACGAUGAUAUGAGCGAUGAGGAGUCCAUGGAAGAAGAGCCUCUCGACUCUCACCCGCCAUCGCCUCGCUCGCGAUCUUCUUCCAAGGUACGGUUCCAAGACGAUCUCACAGAUGACUACGACAUACGCUCGAACCCAUCAACAUCUUCUCGCAGCAUCCCUGUUGGCGAGCGAUGGGGUGGCUUCGAGAUUCCCGAGGUUGAGAAAGAUGUCGGCAAGGAAAUCCUGUACCAAGUCACUCAGCAGGGUUUCAAUGAGUUGCUCGAUAUACUUUUCAAGCAAAAGGAAGAUCUUCUCAUGGAGGUCUUCCGAACGCGUGCCGAUCGCAAAUUCUGGGCACAUGAAAUCGAGCUCCUGGAAAAAUCAGGACCUGUCAAGCCGGAGGAGCCCAAGGAAGAAGACCCCAAGCAUCCGCGCAACGAGGAAGAGCUCGAGGACAUAACACGAAAUCAGUCACUGGACAAUCUCUUGCAACGUGCUGGUUAUGUCGUGCAGAGUCCAACUCUAGAGCCUGUCCACUCAAGGCCGGUGUUAGAACCAACGUCUCCUCGAGCGCUGGCUUCUGAUAAUGAUGAUGAUGUUCGGCCAACCCAUCUUGCUGACCCUGGACACGAAGACGGCAUUGGGCAAGGUCAUACCUUCGAAGACCAGUCUGACACAGCUUCAGCCACCAGCUCUGAUGCCGAUGAUAAAGCUCCGGUCUCCGAGGCUGGUUCCUCUCGGGACUCCUCUGAUGAGGAUGGACCAGAAGACAUCAUCCACAAAAUCCCCGACUUCGAUCCAACUCUCCCUCAGUUCCGUCCCGACUUCGCCGACACGCCCCGUCCGCGCCUCUCAUUCCAAGCUGAGCCUUCAGUGAUGGAAGCUCCAGCGGUCGAUACAUCCCCCCAAACUAGUAACCCCGACCUUCCUGGCCGUCUCCGCCUGGAGCCAAACGGCACCAUCUCCCUCCCUGCACCCUCUUCUCCCCACUCUUCAUCUCCCGAAGCCGAAGCCACAGCCCCCAAGCUUCCGCUUUCACCCAUGCAGCCACUUCCCCCGCCGAAAUCUGCCUGCCUACCUGAAGAGAAUGCUGGUCCACGCACCCCCCCUGCUCGCAUUUUGGCUCGCUGGGCAUACUUGAAUCAGGUCGAACGCGAAUCCAAGGAGCGCGGCGGUAGCGGUGCCAGACUCAAUUUUGAGGAGUUCUCACGUCGCAUGGCGGCUGACAAGGGACGUCGGUUGGCAUUUGUGGCGAGUUGGAUUGAGAUGGCGAGCUUCUGA